GAUACCUAGGUUUGUGCAAGGGAGCUCCCAGGAUGGGAUGGAGCUGGCUCUGAUAUCACAUCUGUGGACAUAGAGGGUUGGGAACACCAUCGGAAUCCAGACCAGUGCAGACUUUUGACUUGGGAAGCCUUCCCAGAGGACAGCAACUAGCUGGAAGUGCUGAAUGCUGGUUUGUGUAUGUGUGUAGGGGGGUGGGUGUCCGGCAUUUGACUCCAAUUAAGGUGAAAUCUGGAGCGAACAGGAAGGAGAGCAAAAAGUGGAUGUGAUGAAGGAGACAAGGUGUCUCCCAGCUGCUCCAUCUUCUGUGGGGAGAGAUGGAUGGACAGAAGUGCUGCCGUUUGCGACAACCUGCCUCCAAAAUGUGAAUAAGAAAAUCCCGCAAGAGAACCUGGUUCAGUCGUGCUCACUCUGUUAAGAUCUAUUUCAUCCAGAGCAGACAAACGUUCACCAGGGUUGCUCCAUUGGAAGAGAAGUAGCUUACCUGGAGCAGAAGAGCUAAUCCCCCUCUCGGUGAAGUUGGAUUGGUUUGGGGUGCUUACCCCACCUCUGUAUACAAAUCGUCCUAACCAUGGGCACUGUGUAACGGCAGCGUAUGGCUGGCUAAAGUGUCGGGUUGCUUCCUUUUUAUUUCUUAUAUAAGUUUGAACAAUGAUCACAGUCAAUUCGGAUGGAAAAAUAAUGAUCAGAAGAUGUCUUGUCACCUUGAGACCUUUUAGGAUAUUUGUGCUGGGCAUUGGAUUUUUCACCCUGUGCUUCUUAAUGACAUCUUUGGGAGGCCAGUUUUCAGCCAAAAGACUGGGAGACUCUCCCUUCACCAUCAGAACUGAAGUGAUGAGCGCGCUGGAGUCCAGAGGGGUGCUGCGGAAGAUGAGCGACAUGCUGGAGAUGAUGGUGAAGAGGAUGGACGUACUAGCCAGGCUGGAGAAUAGCACUGACUUCCGGAAAGGGGAGGAGGCACGUUUUCCUCCGGACAGGUUCCAGCCAGCAGCAGGUUUGAUGGAGAGGAUCCAAGCUAUUGCUCAGAAUGUCUCUGACAUUGCAGUGAAAGUAGAUCAGAUUCUCCGGAACAGCCUCAUGAAUGGGAAAGUGAUAGAAGGCAGACGGGACCAGUGUGAGGUGCCCAGGGACCCCAAAUACCCUGACUGCUCUGGAAAAGUGGAGUGGAUGAGGGCCAGGUGGACGUCCGACCCCUGCUAUGCAUUUUUCGGCGUAGACGGCACAGAAUGCUCGUUCCUCAUCUACCUCAGCGAAGUUGAGUGGUUUUGUCCUCCACUGCCUUGGAGAAAUCAGACGGCAGCCAUGCCAUCCUCAAAGCCACCGCCCAGAGUGCAGGCAGCUUUUCGGAGCAACCUCUCUUACCUCCUUGAGCUGAUCGGGAGUGGCAAGGAAUCCUUGAUCUUCAUGAAGAAGAGAGUCCGGCACUUGGCCUCACAGUGGCUUCUGGCCACCCAAAGCCUGGCGCAGAAACUGAAGGGCAGACGGAGGGAUCAAAAACAGAUCUUGAUUCACAUCGGCUUCCUGACGGAGGAGUCAGGGGAUGUUUUCAGCCCCAGGGUGCUGAAGGGGGGACCUCUGGGUGAGAUGGUCCAAUGGGCAGAUAUCUUAGCUGCCCUCUUCAUUCUGGGACACAACCUGAAAGUCACGGUUUCUUUGAAAGAGCUGCAGAGUAAUUUAGGGGUGCCUCCCGGACGUGGCAAUUGUCCCUUGACUGUCCCUUUGCCCUUUGACCUCAUUUAUACUGAUUACCAUGGCCUCCAGCAAAUGAAGCAACACAUGGGGCUCUCCUUUAAGAAAUACAGGUGUCGCGUUCGGGUCAUUGAUACCUUUGGGACAGAGCCAGCCUACAACCUUGAGGAGUAUGCCACUCUGCAUGGCUACCGGACAAACUGGGGGUACUGGAACCUGAAUCCCAAGCAGUUCAUGACUAUGUUUCCUCACACUCCCGACAACUCCUUCAUGGGCUUUGUGUCCGAGGAGCUCAACGAGACCGAGCGGCAGUUCAUUAAGUCCAACAAAGCAAGCAACAUGGCAGUGGUGUACGGGAAGGAAGCCAGCAUCUGGAAGUUGCAGGGCAAAGAAAAGUUCCUGGCCAUCCUUAACAAGUACAUGGAGAUCCACGGCACUGUUUAUUAUGAAACCCAGCGUCCUCCGGAGGUCCCAGCCUUUGUCAAGAACCAUGGCCUUCUGCCACAGCAUGAGUUCCAGCAGCUUCUGAGAAAAGCCAAGCUUUUCAUCGGAUUUGGAUUCCCCUAUGAAGGUCCCGCCCCUUUGGAAGCGAUAGCCAAUGGGUGUGUUUUCCUGCAGUCUCGUUUCAAUCCGCCACACAGCUCCCUCAAUCACGAAUUCUUCAGGGGGAAGCCUACGUCAAGAGAGGUGUCCUCCCAACACCCCUAUGUGGAGGACUUCAUAGGGAAGCCUCACGUGUGGACGGUGGACUACAAUAACUCAGAGGAGUUUGAAGCCGCUAUCAAAACCAUCAUGAGGACCAAGGUGGACCCUUACGUACCCUAUGAAUACACCUGCGAGGGGAUGCUGGAGCGGAUUCACGCUUACAUUCAGCACCAGGAUUUCUGUGCUGGAGCUUCUCCUCCUCUGCCAGUGAAGCCCAACGGCCAUGCUAUGCCAAGCUCUCCAAGCCUAUUCACCCUGUCGCCGAACGCCACUCACCUUGUGUGGUCGUACAACGCCAGCAGCGCACCCCAUGUCUGGCCUCCCGUGAGCUCCAUGCAGGUGUGGGUGUCUGAGGCCGGGCAAGCCUGCACUGAGACCUGUCAGGAGCACAGGCUGGUCUGCGAGCCGACAUUCUUCGAGUUUCUCAACAAGAAGGAUGUGUUUCUCCAGCUUCGCAUUGCCUGUGACAGCGCGGAGUCUGAGAUGAGCCACCUCUACCCAGCACUGGCUGAAAACGUGCAGGAGUGCUACCUCCAGAAGGAACCGCUGCUGUACAGCUGCGCAGGCUACAGCACCAAGUACCGGCGCCUCUGCCCAUGUCGCGAUUACCGGAAAGGACAAGUGGCUCUGUGCAGGGACUGCUUGUGAGUCCACCCCCUGCUCCCGGAGUCCGGAGAGCGUGUGUUGUGACAUGCCACACGCAACAAGUAGCUUUUUCUCAAAGCUUCUGCAAUACCCAAGAAGGACAGGACAGCCUCCUCUUCUUGGAAACUCAUGUCGAGACUUUGGAUGUCAGACUCUGUCGGUUGUUUUGUCUGCCAGUCAAACGUCCGGGACUGACCAUCUGCUCAUGUUGGAUUUUUUUUUCUUGAGACACAUCUCGUUCCACACCCAAGCCCACCUGGACUUCAGAGGAGCCCAGAGCCGCUUCAGUAGGACAAGGCACCAGCAGCCUUUGGGUUUGGGUUUCAUCCUCUUUUAACGUCCUGGUUUAUUUAUUUAUAUUUUUUAUCAAAUUAAAGCA